AUGACAUCGUCUCAUUAUGCAACCCCAAAGUGGUGGAAGGAAGCGGUGGUUUACCAAGUCUAUCCCGCAAGUUUCAAGAGCAGUAAACCUCCAUCUCAGGCAGAUGGCUGGGGCGAUUUGCUUUACAAAUCUCCGCAAAUCGAUAUGGGCUACGAUAUAUCGGACUAUAAAGAAAUCGACCCGCGCUAUGGAACCAUGGCUGAUGUCGACUUGCUGAUUGAAGCCCUCCAUAAACACAAUAUGAAGCUUAUGAUGGACCUCGUUGUCACUCAUACCUCGGAUCAGCAUGGUUGGUUUAUCGAAUCCGCUCGGUCGAAGCAUACACUGGAACAAUCCUGGUACGUGUGGUACUUGCGUGAAGUCGAAGCCGGGCACCUCAAGUUGCCUGAGUUUGAUACCGUCAUGCAAUUUUGGUUGAGCCGAGGAGUUUCAGGAUUUCGAAUGGACGUGAUCAAUCUGAUUUCAAAGGAUCCCUCAUUCCCCGAUGCCCCAGUCGUCGACCCCAGUUGCCAGUUCCAACCCGGAAAGAGAUUUUACACUAAUGGGCCGCGCUUCCAUGAGUUCAUGCAUGGAAUAUAUGAGCAUGUUCUGUCAAGGUACGAAACCAUCACCGUCGGGGAAACAGCCCACGUCAGCGACAUCAGCGAAAUUAUCAAGACCUGCCACGAUCAGGCUCGCUCGGUGUCGCGCUACGUGGACGACAGCGACAAGUUCCGCGCGCGUGGUGGCAAACUACUUGCGCUUCUGGAGUCGACUCUCGGUGGUACCUUGUAUCUCUACCAGGGUCAAGGGAUUGGGAUGCAAAACUUUUCAGCGGACUGGAACCCAGAUGCAAGAGAGCUUCUUCAGAAAAAAGCCAGGGACCACGCCCGAACGCCAAUGCAGUGGAGCGACGAGCCCAAUGCAGGAUUUGCAGCAUCCAACGUGACACCAUGGAUGAGAGUGAAUGAUGACUUUGGGACGGUUCAUGUGAAAGCGCAGAUGGGAUGCGAAAGCCAGGACCUCUCUGUCUGGCAAUACUGGCAGCUCGCUCUACGCAAUCGCAGGACGUUUAAAGAUGUCUUUGUGUAUGGCGACUACCAGGAUGUGGACUUGGACAAUGAGCAAAUCUAUACAUACCUGAGAACAGGUGCUCAGACGAAACGAAAGUGGCUGGUCGUGAUGAAUUGGACUGGCGAGAACCUCGCCUGGAAGAUCCCUGGGUCGCUAGAGGUGGAUUGGAUGGCGCCUUCUUCGCUCCAAAGGAGCAUUGCAGUUGGCGAUGAAGCAACUAUUAGACUUCAGGCCUGGGAAGGAGUGAUGAUGUGCUGCAAGUAGGGUUGCAAAGGAGCGAGAAUUCCAGUCUUAAGGAGGUACCCCCGAUCUACUAUCAGUGGUCCACCAGGGAGCUUUAGCUACGCAAGUAGAUAUGAAGAUGGUGUAAUAUUGCAUAGGUCUGUGAAAUAAUCCAUCAUACCACCUUUCUCUGUCA